AUGAGAAACCAAACCCAGGUGCCAGAGUUCAUUCUGUUGGGGCUCACCAGUAUCCCUGAGCUGCAACAACUCCUCUUCGGGGUGCUUUUCUUAGCCUACACGUUGACCUUAAUGGGGAACAUCCUCAUCAUCAUCAUCACCUGCACUGACUACCACCUCCACAGCCCUAUGUACUUCUUCCUCCGGAACUUGUCCUUUUUGGAGAUCUGCUUAACCACAGUCAUCGUCCCCAGGAUGCUGACAGACCUUAGGACAGAGAGGAGAACAAUAUCUUUUGCUGCUUGCCUCUCACAGUAUUUUUUCCACUUCUUCUUUGGGUGUAUGGAACUUUUCCUCCUGACAGCCAUGUCAUUUGACCGGUAUGCGGCCAUAUGCUGCCCACUUCUGUAUAUGUCCAUCAUGAGCCAAAGGCUGUGCUUCCUGCUGGUUAUUUUCUCCUGGAUGGGAAGUCUUCUCCUUAUCCUUAUACCUAUUGUACUGACCAGCCAGCUCUCUUUCUGCAAAUCCAACGUAAUCAACCAUUUCUUCUGUGACUAUACCCCCCUGAUGCAGAUCUCCUGCGGGGGCAAGCAUCUCCUGGAGCUUAUCCAUUUCCUGCUGUCUUUCUUCACCCUGUUCAGCACCUUAUUGCUAAUAUUAGUGUCCUAUUCCUACAUCCUCAUCACCAUCAUGCAGAUUCCCUCUGCCAAGGAGCGCCAACGGGUUUUCUUCACCUGCUCCUCCCACCUCAUUGUCAUCUCCAUCUGCUAUGGCAGCUGCAUUCUCAUGUAUGUCAGGCCCAUUCAGGAUGAAGACCUGGACCUGAACAAAGGCCUUGCCAUCAUCAACACUGUGCUUGCCCCCUUACUGAAUCCUUUUAUUUACACACUAAGGAACCAGCAGGUGAAGGAAGUAUUUUAUCCUAUGCUUAAGAAAAGGUUUUGCCUUAGUAAAUUCCCUUUUUAA